GUUGCCCUGCUAAAAGCGAUUAAAAAGGGAGGUUGUUUAUAGUAUAUAAAAACAAUUAAUCCUCUAGUAGAGCUUGUGUAUCUGUAGUUUAAAUAGUUCAGCGACCGUAAGUUCAUUUGAUGGUUGUUGUUUUUUGGGGGAAAUCGUCGUUGAUGACGCUGUGUGGUGGAAGGCGUUGCUCGUCGCUCUAGCUGGGAAUUGACUAGAGGAAGGGGAAAAUGGCGGACCUCGAAGACGUAACGCUGGACGGGAGACCGCUCCAGUCCCUUCGAGUAGCGGAUUUAAAGGCUGCUUUAGAGGAGAGAGGACUCUCUAAAAGCGGUCAGAAGAAUGCACUCGUCAAAAGACUCAAGGGGGCUCUCAUGUUGGAGAAUCUGCAAAGGACCUCCACAGCUCACAUUGGAUUGCAGCCAAACUCUCAGAUUGGUGAGGAAAUGAGCCAGAACAGCUUUAUCAAGCAGUAUCUGGCUAAACAACAGGAGCUCCUGAGGCAGCGUCUGGAGAGGGAAGCUCGCGAAGCAUUUGAAACAAAUGACCAAGAGGCCCAUGCAGAAGUUAACAAUAGCACCUCAUGUCCUCCUCAAGCACAGCAGGAUGUUACACCAGCAUCGGCUGAGCAGCAUAAGCCACCAGGCCCCUCUGGUGCAGGGAAUGAGGUAGAGGGUAAUAGGAAUGAGGAAGCUGACAUGUCUGGUCCUCCUGCAUCUGGCUCUGUGGCCAUGCGUGUGUCUGGUGGUGAACACAGGCCAGAGCGAGGUUCUACAUCCAGCGAAGUUGCAGCUGACAGUGACGACGAGGACAGUGAGGAUGGAGAGGAGGAUGCUGACGACGAUGACUGGGAUAGCAAUGCUCGAAGGAGAAGUCUCAGAGAGCCAGCCAGAGCACCCACAACCAGAGAGAGGUCUGGAGCAUCCUGUCAACCCCAGCAGCAACACAUCCCUUCCCUUUUGUCGCCUCAGCUACGCCAACCUACACCCCCCCCUUCCCCACCUCCAGAGUUGUCAUUUCCCUUGCCUGACACCCCUAAACAGAGUCCCCCUAGUCCAGAUGUAGCCCCAGGUAGACGUUCAUCCAGUACCUCCAGCUCUGGUUCAUCCAGCAGUGGCAGCCGCAGUAGCAGCCCAGAGCCACAGAGGAGUGGACCAGCUGAGCGCAAACCUGGCCCACUGACCUUACUGGCACGUAAAAUGGAAUCGGAGGGUGCUUUCUCUGGUGCAGGUUGGCAUGGCGGUGAUGGGGAAGGUGAUAGGCAGGGUAGUGGUUCACCUUCAGGUGCAUCGUUUCCUGCCAGAGGGCCUUUAGAGGGUCUAGUAUCUGCCAUCACUCACACAACCAACACUGCAGGCAAUGUGCCCAGUCCUAUGAACCCAGGCACAUACAAGACUAUCAUAGGAGGACAUCCAGCCCAUAGUCAAGUACAUGUGAGAAUACUCAAGUCCACUGUAACGGGAGAGAAGGGGUCUGAAGCAGUUAGAGAAGCAGCAUUUGAGCUGGAAAGGCAAGAGAAACAGAGAAAACUUGACCAGGAACGAGCAAUAGAGUUGGAGCGGGAAAGAGCUCUUGCACUGGAACGUGAGGAAAAGCAGAGAGCUUUGGAGAAAGAGAUGCUAGAGCAUCAGCAGGCCUUAGAAAGAGAAGAACAGGAAAAGGCCUUACAGAGGGAGCGAGAAAAGCAGGAGAGGGAACUAGCUCUUGAGCAAGAGAGACAGGAGAGAGAACUAGCUCUUGAACGAGAGAGGCAGGAGAGGGAACUAGCUCUUGAACGAGAGAGGCAGGAGAGGGAACUAGCUUUGGCAAAAGAGAGGGAGGAGCGAGAACAAGCCUUAGCACGAGAGAGGGCCCUGGAGCUGGAGAGACAGAAAGAGCUGGAGAGACAGAGGGCUUUGGAGCAAGAGCGUUUGCAAAGAGAAAGCGAGGAGAGGGAGAAGCAAGAACGUUUGCAAAGAGAAAGAGAGGAGAGGGAGAAGCAAGAACGUUUGCAAAGAGAAAGAGAGGAGAGGGAAAAGGCAAUGGAGCUAGAACGAGCAAAGGCUUUGGAGAGAGAACGGGCUCUUGAGCAAGAGAGGUUGGACAGGGAAAGAGCUUUAGAGGCUGAGAGAAAGGAGAAGGAAAGGAAGGAAAGAGAGUUGGCUUUGGAACAGGAGAGGCUGAAAAGGGAGAAGUUGGAGAGGGAAAAAGCCUUAGAAGAAGAGAGAAUAAAGAGGGAGAAAGCUCUUGAGCAAGAGAGACUAGAAAGGGAGAGAGCCUUGGAGCAAGAGAGACUAGAGAGGGAGAGAGUCUUGGAGCAAGAGAAACUAGAAAGGGAGAGAGCCUUGGAGCAAGAGAGACUAGAGAAAGAAGAAGCGUUAGAACGGGAGAGAAUUAUGAGAGAGAAAGCCAUAGAGCGAGAGAGACUAGAAAGAGAAAAGGCCUUAGCACAAGAAAGGUUGGAGAAGGAGAGAGCCCUAGAGCAAGAGAGACUGGAGAGGGAGAAAGCGAUAGAGCAAGAGAGGCUGGAGAGGAAAGAAAAAGAAAGAGUUGAAAGAGAAAGAUUAGACCAAGAGAGGAGAGAGAGGGAAAAGGCCUUGGAACUUGAAAGGGAGGAAAAAGAGAGAGCAGAGAUGGAGGCAGCUCUGGAAAAGGAGAGGGUUGAGAGGGAGGCAGCUCUGGAAAAGGAGAGGGUUGAGAGGGUGGCGGCUCUGGAAAAGGAGAGGGUUGAGAGAGAAAGAGUUGAAAAGGAGGAGAGGGAAAGACUAGACAGGGAGAAAGCUUUAGAACAGGAGAGACUUGAAAUGGAGAGAGCCUUAGACAAGGAGAGGAAGGAGAAAGAGAGAGCCCUGGAAGAAGAGAGGGAAAGAUUAAUCAAAGAAAAAGCCAUGCAGAAAGAGGAACAGGAGAAGGCCCUUGUAUUGGAGCACAAGCCUGAGUUGGUGGCUAAAAAGGAGAAGGAGAGUUGCCUCCCUCCAGCCAAGCGUGGUUGCAAGAUUGAUCUCGCACCCCUGCCCACUACUUCCCUCCUCUCCACAGGACCAGCUAGAAAAUCUUCGGCUGAGGCAAGAGAGCAGGAAGAUGUCCAUUCUCCAAUGUCCCGGACUGAAACACAAGCAGCAGAGACUGGUGCACCCACAUCACCGACUCCCCUGUCUCCUCAGUCUUCAUUUAAGAAGUUCCGCUUAAGAGACUCGCCACUUCAGCCCCAGUCUUCCUCAAUUGUUAUCAAGCGACCUCGUAGCUUCUCUGAUACCCCUCAGCCUCAACCCUCGCCUUUAGUCUCCCCCAUCAGUGUUGGAGAACAACAGCAGAAAGGACACCAGCCCACUGCUAAACAGGAAGCGCCACAGGUGCAGACAAAACUGGAGGCUGUAAUAUCACCAGGAUCACCUGGAAUCCAGUCUGAGGAGAUGACCUCUUCCAAAGAGCAGGCAGAUCCAGUGAAGACUGAGCAUGCUGUAAAGGAUUCCACCAAAAAAAUAAAAGUGGAUGAAAGCAAGAGUAUUUUAACCCCAUUGGAUGUGACACAACGGGAGGGCAGAAGUGUGAAGAAGGAAGAGAAAAUGAUAAGACAAAGAUCAUCGUCUAGUGAUUCCUCUUCCUCAGACUCUGACUCUUCAUCAUCUAGGUCUUCAAGGUCAUCUGCUUCUUCUCAAGAAGAAACAUCCUCCAUCUCCAGAGGUAGAGGGGCGGGAAAAUCUGGAAGAGAUUCCUCACCACAGCACAGGAUAAUAAAAGAGAUUGGAGGAGAAAAAAUCCCAAAAGCCUCUCCUCGCAAAAGACAGAGGUCUGGAGAUGAUGUUCACGCAACUGCUGGUGAUCAUGUCAAGAAAUCAUUCACUGAAUCUUCAACCCAAGAGGAGACACAAAGGAAAAGAAAGGACAGUGAGAGAGAAGAGGAAAAGGAUAAACAAAGGUCUGGUUUUCAGUCUUUUACUUGACACAUUGCGUUAACCAGUUUAACUCACACACCAGUGUUUCCCUUGAAAUAUGUUAAGCAGUGAAUCUGUUGUGCCACUGUCCAUGAGGAUGU